GCGUGUGUGUGUGUGUGUGUGUGUUUGUGCUCGACUAUACUCGCUUCCUGUAAGUAACUGUCGAGUUCCCCACGUCUUCUGCAAGCAGCACCGACACGGAGGAUUUGUGUGCAGAGCGCAGGCAGAUAGAAUCAUGUCUGUGAACCUGAGCAAAAACGGAGCGGCGCUGCAGGCAGCCUACAAUGAGGUGGUGGACGGGAAAUCCAACACGAACUGGGCGCUGUUUACGUACGAGGGGAACAGCAAUGACAUCCGACUGGCUGAGAAAGGAGACGGAGGUCUGGAGGAGAUGGUGGAGGAGCUGAGCAGUGGGAAGGUGAUGUACGCUUUCUGCAGGGUGCAGGACCCCAACUCCGGCCUGCCCAAGUACGUCCUCAUCAACUGGACUGGCGAAGGAGUAAAGGAUUCCAGGAAAGGACUCUGUGCCAAUCACGUCACCUCCAUGGCCAACUUCCUGAAGGGCGCUCACGUCACCAUCAAUGCCCGCUCCGACGAUGAUGUGGAACCCGAGGCCAUCAUGCAGAAAGUAGCCAAGGCGUCCGGGGCCAACUACAGCUUUCACAAGGAGUCGAAUCGUUUUCGGGACGCCGGCCCCCAGGGGCCUGUGGGCUCAGUGUACCAGAAGACCAAUGCCGUGUCUGAAAUCAAGCGCACCAACAAGGAUACCUUCUGGGCACAGACUGAAAGGGACGAGGAGAAGCGGCGCCUGGAGGAGCGGAGCAAGGACAUAGAGGAGCGAGAGCGGCUGGAGCAGGAGAGACGAGCCCGGGAGCAGCAGGAGGUGCUGGAGAGGGAGAGGAGAGACAAGGAGAGGUCCAGUCAGAUCGACCAGCAGAAGGUGCAGCAGCAGCAGCAGGAAGCGGGCAGCCGUGAGCAGGAGACGCAGCAGCGGGAGGAGUAUGAGAGGGAGCAGCAGGCUGCACGGAGGCCAGGCCUCCAGCGAGGUGCGUCUGUGGAGAAGGCAAACGAGGCAGCCUCGCUGAUCUCCCAGCGCUCCCAGAAUCCCCGGGACAUGUUCAAGCAGAAGGAGAGAGCCAUGGCCAGCGAGCCCAGAGACUCCCCAGACAGCCCGCAGCCAGGAAAGCUCAGGAGCCCCUUCUUCUCCAGACAGACCAGUGACUCGGAGCCACCCCUGUCUCCCCAUCGCCAGGCCUCGCCCCUCCAUGCCACACCCGCCUCGCCCGUGCACGCUGCAGUGCCCAGCGUUAUGGACCAAGCCCGCUCCCAGUAUGUAGAACCUGAAGAUCCAGCACCGCAGGAUCUGAAAGAGAAGAGCAUUCCCAUCCAGCGCGAGCCGAGCCCCUCCGCGGACCUGUACGAGGACGUGGGGGGACAGGAGGAGCCGGAGAACCUGUACGAGGAGCCCCCCCAGGUGGAGGAGGCGAGUGCAGUGUCAGAGGAGCCGGCUGCUUUGAAGGGGGUGUGCGCGCGGGCGCUGUACGAUUACCAAGCUGCGGAUGACACAGAGGUUUCCUUUGACCCCGAUGACAUCAUCACAGAGAUUGAAAUGAUUGACGAGGGCUGGUGGCGCGGCUACGCCCCGGAUGGGCGGUUCGGAAUGUUCCCAGCCAAUUACGUGGAGAUCCUGGAUGCCUGAACACGCCCCCACUAACCUGAAGACCCAAUCACAACCCGCCUUCAUUAACAAAAAAAAAAAAAUACAAAAAAAUUAUUAUGUUAGUUACUCUGGGACCACUAACAGUAGGCAGUAACUUUUCAUAGACCGGUCCUCGGGGAAGCCCUGAUAUUCUAGAAUAAUGAGAACCGAUUAAACCAUAGCCAUGGCUGCCCUGGGGACCGCAUUAAAUGUAACACCUGAGCAUGACAAAGAUAACAAUUGUAUGGCUUUUAAAACAGCGUCCUUUCUUGAAUAUCAAGCUUUAUUGAAACCAUCGAAAUCUAAAAACGGACUCGAUUUGAGACGGGUUUGCUUCUUUCUAGUUUUUAGGCUGCGAAAUUGUUUGAGUUCUCUCAGAAAAAAAUGGCUUUGGAUUAAGAGCAGAGCCCCCAGUCUCUAGUCUGUGGAUAGGAGGCACUCUGUUUUUAAUGGCUUCAUUCCUAGUUAAUGAAUGAAUAACACAGCUAACAAAGUGUCUAGUUUCGACCUUUCUUAAACAGGCGUUGGGACGUUUCUCUCCUAGAUUAAGAAGCUUCUUAGUUUUACUCCUUUUUUUAAAAAAUCAAUUAGCGACACUUUCCCUGCCUCCCCUAUCAUUGCGUACCCCAGCUUUUCAGUUUGUGUUGGUGUUUUGUUACUUCUCGUCUUAUGAGAGGUAUCCCCAAUACUUUUUAAAAUAAAUGUGUGCAGACGUCCCCGCUUUCUGAAACGCAGACCAAUUUGAAAACAUUCCAAAAAGGAGACUGUAUAAAACCCAUACAACUGUUAUUUGCUCCUGGAUAAAUAAGGACUUCUGUAAAAUACAUACGGACAUCAAUGAGGAUGAAAACAAGCUCAUUGGUCACCAGCGGUUGAUGCUAUUGAUUGCCUAUCCCAGCUUGUAGCCAAUCCUUGCAGAGUUCCUGGUUUCUGGGGUUCUGCUAUUGGCUGUUGGUGAUUGUAAGAGACAUGAGGUCACGCACAGCUCCCUGAGUUUAAACACGGUGAAGCGCUCUGUAAUAUCCAUUUUAAUCAUGUCUGGUUGCAGACUGGGUUGAAUAGCAUGGGGAAUGGGAGUUCUGAUGACAAAACGCUGUUGAGUUAAACUGACCACUGAUUUUACCUUCAAGCGUUUUCAGUCCUAGUAAAAACAAAAGUCUAGCCAAAGAAAUUUGUUUCUUAUCCCCUGAAUUUUUAUCUUUUUUUUUUUCAUUGGGACUAAACUUUGGAAAACCAGUUUCGCUACCAUUCCGAUUUAAAUGUGAAAAGGCUGGGGUGGGGGGUGGGGGGGUUAGAGCAUUUUACAGCACCCUGGGCUGCACUGACCGCCUGUCUUUAUGGUUCCUGUUUGAUGCAAUCCGGGCGGUGCUGUAAAAUUCUCUACAUUGAAAUGCAGCUGUGGCUUCUCCCCACGGGGUGCAGAUCGAAUCAGCCUUUGUACCUGGGCAGGGAGUGGAAGCUGAACACCCACUCCACGCCGUGCCUCUGCUGUUUCUGUGCACUCCUUGAUGCUGUAACUCUGAAGGCAUGCCAGAAAACAACAUGGGGUCUGCUUGGUUUUGGUUAAAAAGUGAAUGCUCUAAUAACACCUGGAUAUCGCGUGUGCGUGUGUGUGUGCGUGUGUGUAGAGGUCUCAAAUGUGCAGCUUUGCAAGACACCUGAUCUCGCAAACAUUGAUAUUUUGAAACCUGACCUCUGGUACCACACCAGGUAAAAUAAAGUACACCGUUUGCUUGUGUUCCCCUCCAGGAAACCUUGCACUUCCUGUGUCGUUUCACGCCAGCAAGUGUCUUCAGGGUCAAAGCAUCUUCCUGGCUGCAGAGCGUGUCAGUCAUGAGGGGAAGCCAGCUGAUUGGUUAUUGACAGGAAAGGCAGCCCUGAAUGGGGCGGGGCUACCGUUUCACUCUCCAGAUGACCCAGGAAGUACAAGACUCUCUGAAAGCAGGGCUUGCAAACAGAUUUCAUUUAACCCCGUGUAGUUCCAGAUGCCAAGUUUUUAAAAUGAAAAUGCAUGUCUGCUUAAACAUUGUCUUUCAAAACUUUUGAGACCUGCACAGGGAAUGAAUGAGCGUGAUGUGGAGAAUGUAAGGGCUUGUUUUGAUUGUCACUUUAAGGGUUAAACAUCCACAUGCUUCAGUUUAGUUCACUGCCAGUACUAAACGUGUAGCCCUUUGUUUAACAGUUAAAGAGCUGCUAAAUGCCUUCAGCGUGUUGCUCAGUUUUUCAGCAGAUUCUGUAUUACUUACUAAAAGGGGAGCAGUUUUACACUCCUUGCAUAAUUACCUGGAACUAAAUUGUCAGCCCUUUGUAUUAAAUGCAAUUUAAUAGGAUUCAGAUGCACUACAGCGCCCUCUGGCGGGUGGUGAUAAAACAACUCCCCAGUAGAUCGAGUCCUAUUUUUUGAACUGAUCCAGUUUGAGAAGUAAACAAAACAAGUGUGCCUUUUCACGGAGACUCGCAACGAAUAGAUUCACAGCUUCAGAGGAAUUUAGAAAUACGGAAAAGAAAACCUUGUUAGUUCAGUGACAAACGCUUCGACCGGAAGGCUUUCUCAGUGUGGUUUGAGGUUUAUUUUACUGUGAGAGAGACUUCUAGUGAAAACGUUUUCCAUUGAAUUGAUGGAGUUUCAGUAUUUCUAAAUGUAGCGCUAUUGAGUGAUGGACUGUGUAUAUUGAAGUCUCCACUGGGUUGAGGUGAUUUAGGAUUCCAGGUUGUCUCUGGAUCAACCAACGAACAAACACGAAGUAGUGCAGAGGUGUAGAUAAUUAAACGCUUAAUUCUUUGUGUUAUCCCAGACCCGUGCUGGAGGGAGGCUCGCUGUGUGAAAUCUGCACAUUGUGUUUUGAAAAAUGAAAGAAUAAUCAAAAAUGACUAGAGUUGCCACUUUGAAAAUAAAAUAAAUCAAUCGAUCAAAGUUA